AUGAUCCAAGAAGAUUUAGAGCAUAAAGAGAUGCUCAAAUUAGUAUAAAUUAAGGUAAAAAGCUCUGCCUAAGCCUAAUGGAUAUAGAGAAUCCUCCCUUUAAAACAGAAAUUAGCUUUUAUUUAUUAUGACAAUGGAUUUUAUGAAUUGUACAAUAUCAAAUAACAAGUAAUUACUUAAAAAGGAUAGAUUUCACAGAACAUAAGGUUUUUCCUUGAAAUUUGCACAAAGUAAUAUUUUUAAAUAUUUAAUAGUGUUUUGAUAUUUCAUGAUCCCACAGAUUUUUAGAUGAAAUUAUUAGACUUGAAUAUGAAUUAAAUUAAUCAUAAAUUUGUGUUUAAAUCAAGGGACUAAAUAGACAUUAUGGAUAAAAUAUGUAAUAUAUCAUUUGUUAUUUAGAAUUUCAAGUUUUCUUUCUUGAUUGUGAUAAGAAUUAAAUUAAAUAUUUGAUAUCAUAAGAUUUAGAAAAGCACUACUCAAAGAAUAAUGUCUGUCAUUUCACCAUAAGAGUAUUACCUCUAAAAUAUGAUUCUUAAACAAAUUUUGAAUUAAAACCUGUUGUCAAAUUUGACUAUGAUAAUAUAUUUUCAUAAGAGUAGUUAUACAACUGGUAAGUAGAUAAAAAAACUAUAGCAGAUUUGGAUAGGAUAAUGAUUAGUGUAAAUCUGAAAUUUUUCUUAUUAAACCUCAUUUAAUGGAGCAGGCAUUCUAUAUCAUUCACACUUAAUUUUAAUGUUCAUACACAACAAUAAAUGUAACAAAUUGGAUUAACCCUAACUAAGUUGCUAUUUGGGUAAAUUGUAAUGAUUCAUCUACAAGACCAAGCAUUUUUUGUUUUGAUUUAAGGAAAUAUUAUAAUGGUUAAAACUGGUUACCUGAACCUUAAUUUAUAGCAACUUUGGUAAUCAUUUAAACUUAAAAAUCACUAGGUUAGAGAUUAAUAUAUUGCUAAUCAACCAUCAGUUUUCAUGGAUAUUUAUCAAUUUCAUUCAGGAUCUACUUAAGUAAUUCAAAUGAGACAAGUUGAAUAUUAAUCCAAAAUAUCUGUCAUCAAUUAUAACAAUAUUUAAGAACCAUAAAUUAUUUAGUAAUUUAACAGUGAUCAAUUUUGGAUUACAACUGAUGUUAAUCAUUCUUACAUUCUUCUAAGAAAUGGUUAAUUAAAGUAUGCAAUAAUUUUAGUAUUCUUAGUAUUGAAGAUUAAACACUCACAUUUUAAAUUAUAAACCCUUUUGAUGAAGGAUUAUUAUUGUUAAAAAUUAUUGAAAAAGCAAAAAUAAUUGAAAAAUAUGAUAUUCAUAUAGUUGAGGAAUUAUUUGAAUUCUAUUAUUGA